UGUUUUGAAAGGUCCAUGCGGAAGUCUUGGGUGUACUCAGGAGAGCUUGACGCAGGCGCAGAGCUCAUUUCACCUGCAGAGGCAGAGAAGCAGCGUGUGAAACCAAAGAGGGAACAAAGAACAAAGAAACCCUCAGAAACCUCCUCACCGGAAGCACGAAGACUGAAAUAAGAUGCAGAAAUCCAAAAGCCAAUACGAGUCCUUCCUCUUCUGGAGGCAGCCAAUCCCGUCCCUCGAUCUGACGGAGCUGGAGGACUUGGGUUUGAGUGACAGGCCGAUGGCCAAUAGCAUCAAAGGGAAGGACAAGUCCUCCUCCCUGAGAACUCAGGAUGAGGAGGGUGAGAUGACCGAGUUUUCCUCCUUUAAUUAUUGGAGAGCUCCGAUCGCCGACGUGGACGCUCUGCUGGCCGACCUCAAGCUGCUGCUGUGAAACACAACGCUCAUCACCCGACCUCUGACCCCAGACCAUCCCCACCUCACCCGACCUCUGACCCCAGACCAUCCCCACCUCACCCGACCUCUGACCCCAGACCAUCCCCACCUCACCCGACCUCUGACCCCAGACCAUCCCCACCUCACCCGACCUCUGACCCCAGACCAUCCCCACCUCACCCGACCUCUGACCCCAGACCAUCCCCACCUCACCCGACCUCUGACCCCAGACCAUCCCCACCUCACCCGACAUCUGACCCCAGACCAUCCCCACCUCACCCGACCUCUGACCCCAGCUUCGUGUCUGAACGCUACGACGUGGAGUCUGUGUCCCAACGCCAGUCCAGCUUCAUGACAAUAACAACCAUAAUAAGAUGAUUAUUAAUAAGAGAACAAUCUUUGAUGAAACAAUUCAAACAUUUGCACAAUGCCAGUAAAACGUGUUUCCUUAGUUUAGAAGGUGAACAAGUAAACAUCUUCACCUUCAUUCUUUAUGAUGAAGCUGGACAGAUCUCAGAUCUGCAUCCAGACCGAGGAUUGUAGCUCCUGCUGACGUGGACAAAAUAUCAGAAACACUGUUGAUCGGAUUCUGAUUGAUUGAACAAAUGUUUUUCUGUCUUAUUUAUUUGAAUCUACUGUUUACAUUUGUGCCUUUUAGUUGCUUCGAUCCUGAGCUGCUUUAUGAGUUUAUUUAAGUCUCUUUAUGAAUUUAUUUAUGUCACUGUAUGAAUUUAUUUAAGUCUCUUUAUGAAUUUAUUUAUGUAUUUCUCAUGUUGUUUUUCUUAGCGGAACUCAAACUGGAUCCAGACGAAGAAAAACUGCUGCUCAACUUGUCAGAAUGUAAAUCCUGCCAACAAUAAAAUGUAAUGUCCAAAUUCA